GUCGCCAUAAUAAUGCCAUAUGCUACCGACAUCUUCCCGCCUUCACUCUUAGUUCCUAGAAAUCACCUUCAUCUAUGAACCUCGUAUUAACACCUCGAGCUCGUCCACAUCUUCCUUGUCAAAAUAUAGCUCGCGGGAGACGAACGACCUCCUCGUCAAUCAAUAUCCUCGAUUAUUUCAUGUGGCCAAAAACUUUGAGUCUUUCUUCCGAGUAUUUUCCGGAUACCCAAUUUGAAGGAAUUGCGAAUCUCCUGUCGAGAUCAACCAUCGGAACAGCGGUACCGGAGAAGCGUGGUCGACUAUACCUUAAUUGCGGUGAGAUUGGCGAUUGAGUCUGGCAGUCCUACUAGGCUCGAGCCACUCGUUCUGGGGGCUGAUUCACCCAGGCACCAUAUUCUACCCUCCAUCCUCACACGAGAAUCGGCCCCUCCCUAUGUCUUCCCGCGUGUAGAAACGCCUCAAGGACUUGAGCAUUGACAUAAAUAGGUUUUCAGUACGGCCGAGACCAACCGUCGGAUCAUCUGAAGAUCCUUCAUAGCUAUCGACAGUACAUGCAAUGCUUAGAAAAUUUGGGAAUUGGUGGGUGGGCAGUAAGGGCCUAUAUCCCCUUUCCCUACAUGUCGAGCUUUGCACCUUGCGGCUAACAUGUCUAGAUGAUGCCAAAUCGGGUCCCGACUCCGGUACCAAAUUGCUGUGCCGGGCUCUCAAGUUCCGACGGCUGAAGUCCAUAUUUCUUAGUAAGGCU